CUUAAGCGCAGAGAGAGAGAGAGAGAACUUGGAGCAUUUGAGUUCAAUGGCAUCUUCACUCUCAAUCUCAAGAAGACUCUAUCGCACCCUUCUCACGAACUCAAGAACACAAUCCUCCCACCUCUACAAACCCUUCUGCACCAACCUCUCUUCCCCUGAAACCUCUCCCGACUCUGACUCGGACAAUUCCCCUCUCAACGCGGACCACCCCGACUCGGACUCGUUUUCUUCUUCAUCGCCUUCAUCAUCAGACUCAACUCGGCAACGUAUUAUGGCUGAACGACCACUCGAAAAUGGCUUAGACGUUGGCAUUUACAAGGCGAUAUUGGUGGGGCAAGUUGGGCAGAGUCCGAUACAAAAGAGGCUGAAGAGUGGGAGGAUGGUCACUUUGCUGUCUGUGGGGACAGGUGGAAUUAGAAAUAAUCGCAGGCCAUUAGAUAAUGAGGAGCCGAGGGAUUAUGCAAAUCGGUGUGCAGUUCAGUGGCACCGAGUCUCUGUUUACCCUGAGAGAUUGGGGGAUGUUGCCAUGAAGCAUGUCCUUCCUGGAUCAAUUUUGUAUUUGGAGGGGAAUCUUGAGACAAAAAUCUUCUCUGAUCCAGUAACUGGUCUUGUUCGACGUAUAAGAGAGAUUGCCAUCCGACGAAAUGGUCGGCUUGUGUUUCUAGGAAAAGGUAGUGAUACCCAGCAAUCAUCGCAAAAAGAACUGAAAGGUGUUGGCUAUUACUGAAAGUGUAUUUGGAGGUGACAGAAUCUGAACAUUGCACCGAUUCUGAGCCUUAUUUCACUUCUAUAACUAUUUUUUGUUUUUGCUUUUGGACACGGUAGUUGGAAGUGGGCAGAAAAAAGAUUUAUGACUAAAAUACUAAGGUAAAUCAUAGUGUUCUAUGCCUCUUUUAUCUGGACUUGUUCUUUUAUGUAUUUCCUCCAUUUUUGAAGCAAGCCCAUCUGUGGAUCCAUGUCUGAUUAUUUGGCAACAUGCUGUUGAUGUAUCUGGCAAGUUUGUUCAGUUGUUGAGCUUCCAUCUUGGAGAACAGUAGCCUUGAAACAUGUAUGAC